AUGUGCCAGAACUCCAAUAGCGCCUUUAGUGAUUCUACAAUUGACCCCCUUGUCCUUCGAGAGCUGGAACGUUACGACGACCUAUCUCCACAGCACAACGACGUCGUCAUGCAUCAAGCAUCUGAUAUCCAACGAGUCUCCCUUCUUGGAAAGGGGUCAUACUGUGAUGUCUUUCUGGUUAUCUUGCGUUCAACAAAGGAACACCUUGCUAUGAAAAAGCUAGAUAAGAAGAAAAUUGGAUCUCAACAGGACUUCCUUGCCGCAGCCCCAGACCUGAUCAUCGAGGCACAUUACCUUUCGAAGCUAGAUCACCCGAACGUGAUCAAGCUUAGAGGCGUAUCUUCCCUCCCUUUCUCCGAAUCCUUUACCCAAGAUAAGAAUGGCUACUUUAUGACCAUGGAUGUCAUGGAAGAAACGCUCGAGGACCGACUUCACCGAUGGCGAAAAGACCCUUCCUGCUACACGCAGCGGAGAGGAAUCUGUAGCCAGCUCAUCAAGAAAGCAAAGAAGAAGCUCGAUGUACCGAGCAUGUACGGUCGCCUCGAGACUGUGGCUCUCGGUAUUGUAGAUGCCAUGGAAUACAUCCAUGGACAGUGUAUCACCGUUAAUGACCUUAAGCCAGCCAAUAUCGGUUUCCAUGGAGAAACUGGCAACGUAUGCCUGUUUGACUUCGGGUUUGCCAGAGAUCUCGCGAUUUGUCCUCCUGAUGAAAUCUAUGGAACACCUCGAUACAUGGCCCCUGAAGUCUUGAAGGGAGAAGGCUACUCAUUGAAGUCUGAUGUCUAUUCUUUCGGUGUAAUGCUGCAUGAGGUGACAUCUUUGUGCAAAAGGGAGGGAUCAAAGAAAGUAUCUGUUGAAAAUCAUUCCGAUUUGAUGGUUAUAUGUGAAUCUUUGUCAGAGUUGUCGCUGCACAAUAUUCCUUGUCGGAGAGUUACAGCGCUAAUUGAGAUCUGUCUGUCGGAUGACCCAGAAAGACGCCCUUCGUUUGAGUGUAUAGGGGCAACUUUGAGAGCAAUCUUGACACCUGACACAACUACAAAAUUGCAAACGAAACUUUCACUCAUCUCCGAAACGGACGCAUCUGGAACCCUUCCCGAUUUGGACACAGAAACUUUUGGAUACCGUAACUGGUAUUCUUCCCCACUAAAAGAUUCAUUGCAGACAGAGUCCAACAGCACACUGGACACUCUCCCAGAGUGUAGCAUCAACGAGGAGCUAUCUACAUUGCGAAACGUAGAAUGGUAA